AUGAGCAAGCGAGGAACUCUCCCCUACUCCUACCAAGAUCUUUUUCCCCAGUCUGGAUCGAAUUCCAAAGAGCAGGGCGCUCCGAGCUCAAUUGCCGGUAGUUCCUUCUCGGAAGUGAUACGGAAUAACAACCAAUUCACCCCUGCAAGGAACUCUCAAUCAGGGGCAGAUGGCAGAUCUACCAAUUGGAAACGGAUGCUCAGACGUCUAUUCCGUCCUCGUACGCUUGACUUCGAGAAUGCCGUCUGGGAGAUCUACUACCUUGUGGUCAACCCUAAGAAAAUGUUCCGCAACAAUUACACCUACAAAAGUAAUGGACGCAACUCGUAUCUGCGGGACGAUCCAUCCUUUCUCAUUCUUCUUACAGCAUUGCUUUUUGUGAGUGCCAUAGCAUGGGGUGCUACCUAUAAAAGUACCUUCUGGGAGGUUAUCAAGGUCAUAUUCAACAUGGUGGUGUUCGACUUUUUCGUGCUGGGAAUCAUUUUUGCGACCAUUCUGUGGUUUGUAGCUAACAAACUAUUCAACCCUCAAUUUUCCUGGAGGAAUGUGUUUGCAAACACGGCCAAGUACAGUGUCAAUUACAUUGAUUGGGCCUUCUGCUUUGACAUCCACUGCAACUCCUUCUUCAUAAUCAUGUGUUUGCUCUACGCUUUGCAGUUUUUCUUGCUUCCUGUUCUCAUGCACGAAAAAUCCUUCUUGGCCGUUCUUUUCGGAAACACGUUAUACUUUGGUGCAAUCGGACACUACUUUGUCAUCACCUUCUAUGGUUUCAACUCUUUGCCCAUGAUCGGCAACUCCUAUUACACUCGAUCUGCCACCGGAUCAACUCCUGCUAAAAUUCUACAGCUCACGAUUUUAGCUGGUGUCUUGCCCGUCAUUGCCCUCAUCUGGCUCUUGAGCAUUAUUUUGAGGUAUAACAUUUGCUACAUAAUGGUCACUAAAUAUUUUAAGUAG